UUAGGACCAUAUUGGAGGGUUUAGUUUGAUAUCUCUUCAUCAGAAAAUUCCUUCACCCACGCAAAAGGCUGUCUUAAAAAUGUGUGUCCCAAGCAUUCGUCGGUUUCUAAACGCACGAAGAACUCUUCGAUCCAAGCUCUGUACGAUCUCUGCAAGAAGACAUUCAUCCUCUCUGCAACUCUCCAACCAUCUGCUGAAUCCAUCCUCAAAUCUCAAUGUCACGGACUUGUUCUCUUAACAAUCUAGAUUUUUGGGCCAGAAAAGGUCCUGACAUCAAGCUCUCUUCCUCACUGGAUGCAAUUGACGUUGAUAAUCUUGAACUGAAAGAUGCAAGUCAAGAGGAAGAGAGAGGCCAUGGGUUUUUUGGACUUAAUAUUUCUAACCAGGUAGAUCGAUGGGCUUGACCAAUAACAUAUAUAGAUGUCCACGCGGAAGAAAGUUGUACUGUAAGAGACCUUGUCCUGUUUGUAAAUCUCCUUUUGCCUGUUCUGCUGUGGAUGCAUGAAUAGCUAUCUAUAUGACUGCGGAAAUUGAUAGCAUAUUUGUAAAUGCCUCUAGAUGCUUCAUUCUAAACUCAGAAAACGACACAUUGUUUUCUUUUCUCCUAGAUUUCAUUGGAGUCACACUUUCAUUUCUUCAUCAUUUCUGUUGAACCAGAGUGCCAACAAUAGCUCAUCCUCAUGGAAUUCUGUCCAGGAAGGAGAAGAAAUGGCAUAUGCUCGCACACUCCGGAAUUGUGUGCAGACUUCGAACUUAGGCGGCACGAAUGCAAUCCACGCUAAACUUCUCAAGAACCCCGGCCUUGCUUCCUCUCUAUACAUCAGAAACCAUGUUUUGAACUCAUAUGUCAAAUGCGGGGACAUAAGGGGCGGGCUUAAACUGUUUGAUGAGUUGCCAGAAAAGAACGUCGUGUCUUGGACUGCCCUCAUCGCAGGAGUUGUGCAGAAGGGGUUUCCUGUCGAGGCAUUUUCUCUGUUUUUAAGGAUGCAUCGCAGUGGAAUUAAGCCGAAUGAGUUCACAUUUGUUAGCGUACUGCAUGCGUGUUCGUUUGGGGAUUGUUUGAGUUUGAUGCAUUUAUGUCAAGUGUAUGGGAUGAUUGUUAGGUCUGGUUAUGAGUCUAAUAUCUAUUUGGUGAAUGCUCUAUUGACGGGUUUGUUAAGGCACUGCAGAUUGAACGAAGCACAUGAGGUGUUCGAGAAUUGUAUACAUAAAGAUAUUGUGACCUGGAAUGCCAUGCUCAAUGGUUACGUUCAGAGUGUCUGUUCAGAGUUACCAAGCUUUUGGCUAAAGAUGCUAAGAAAUGGUGUGAAACCUGACAAGUUCACUUUUUCAAGUGUUCUUACAGGAUUGGCUGAGCUCUCUAACCUUGAAAUGGGUGUGCAGGUUCAUGCCUGGCUCAUAAAGUGUGGUCAUGGGAGUGAAGUGUGUGUUGGGAACUCUUUGGUGGAUAUGUAUCUCAAAACUAAAAAGUUGAGCGAAGGGUUGAAAGCAUUUGAGGAGAUCUGUUCAAAGGAUGUGCGCUCCUGGACUCAAAUGGCUGCAGGGCUUUUGAAUUUCGACGAGCCGAGUUGGGCGCUUAAGGUUGUUGGCGGGAUGAGAGUGGUUGGUGUGAAACCUAACAAAUUUACUCUUGCAACUGCAUUUAACGCAUGUGCAAAUUUAGCUUGUUUGGAGGAGGGACAGAAGCUCCAUGGCCUUAGGAUCAAACUAGGUGAUGAUAUUGAUGUUUGUGUGGAUAAUGCACUGCUUGACAUGUAUGCAAAAUGUGGGUGCAUGGGUGGUGCUUAUGUGGUUUUUAAAUUGAUGAAUGAGCGCACUGUUGUUUCAUGGACGUCCAUGAUAGCUGGGUAUGCCCAAAACGGAUGUUCCAAAGAAGCUCUUGAGAUCUUCCAUGAAAUGAAGAGGCAAAGGGUGGAGCCUAACAUUAUUACCCUAAUAUGCGUGCUUUAUGCUUGCAGCCAAGGAGGUCUUAUUGACGAAGGGUGGAGUUUAUUCUCUUCAAUGAGGAACGAAUAUGGUAUUGUCCCCGUGGAAGAUCAUUAUGCAUGCAUGGUGAAUCUCCUUGGCCGUGCUGGACGCAUCAAGGAAGCUGAGGCAUUGAUUCUGGAUAUGCCAUUUGAACCAGGUCUGUUGGUUUGGCAAACCUUGCUCGGGGCAUGUGUGCUUCAUGGGGAUAUGGAAACAGCCAACCGAGCCGCGGGAAAAGCAUUGAAUAUUAACAAGAAUGACGCCACAACCUAUGUAUUGCUGUCAAACACAUUUGCUGGGUUGCACCAUUGGGAUAAUGUGGGAAAUUUGAGACAAAUGAUGGAGAAUAGGGAUGUUAAGAAAAUGCCUGGCUCCAGUUGGCUUGAAAUAAACAGAGGGAAGUCCCUGCUUAUAGCACAAGGAGAAUAUGUAGAGUAGAAUUUCGACUAUGAUGGAAGCUGUACACAGUCACACCUAAAAUGUGAUUUGGAUUUACUAGUGCUUAUAUGUAGAAGUGUAUAUUUGGAAAGGGCAGGUAAAGUGCUUGCAUGCUUUGUUACUAAGAGGGGAAUGGAAAAUAUGCAAUUGGCGUUGAUGAUGUUGGGCUGAAAGAUGCAGGUCAAGAGGAAGAGAGAGGCCACGGGCUUUUUGGAAUUAAUAUUUCUAACCGGGUAGAUCGAUGGGCUCAACCAAUAACAUACAUAGAUAUCCAUGCGGGAGAAAGUUUUACUAUGUGUAUAUUUUGUUUCCCAACAUCUGCGGUAAUUCCUCUGCACGACCACCCCAGAAUGACUGUCUUGAGCAAAGUUCUCUAUGGGUCCUUGCAUGUAAAAGCUUAUGAUUGGGUUGAUCCGGCUUGCAUCUACAAGACUCACCAAACAGGUCAACAUCCAGUGAGAUUAGCCAAGUUGGCUGUUGAUAGAGUUGUGACAGCACCUUGCAAACCAUCAAUUUUAUACCCUGAAAGUGGAGGGAAUCUGCACUGUUUCACUGCAAUCACACCUUGUGCCGUGCUUGAUAUUCUUGCCCCUCCUUACAACGAAGCUUCCGGACGAUUAUGUACCUAUUACCGUGAUUACCCUUACUCUAGCUUUGAAGAAGAGGAUGCUAUUGUGAAUGGAAUAGAAGACGAAUAUGCUUGGCUUACUCCAAUUGACACCCCAGAUUAUCUGUAUAUGCGCUCAGGAAGCUAUAAUGGCCCGCCCAUUCAAACUUGGUAGCGCAACAGAGCAAGGAUAUUUGCACCAAAACUUUUUACAUACAGAGCAAGGAAUACUCGCAUAAUAUUCCAAAAACUUUUUUUCUUCAUUUGAUCGCAAAAAUAGUGCACAUAUUGUGUAGUUUCAUAUUGUUAAUUGUGCCACCAAGAUUAACAACUUCAACAAAAACGUGUUACGUGUGGUUUCAUAACAUGGAAAACCUAUGUAGUGUUAUUCUAAAAAUGUAUUCAAACUUCACCAAUUUUUCUAGUGUCCAUCUCUCUUGAUAAAACAAAA